AUGGAAUUCAUGAUGCAGGAUACUAUCAAUUUACUAUCCCAGAUUUGUCACCCCAAAACAAAUCAUACUGUGGAACACAAUCAGAUUUCCAAUGAUAGCACUGUCAUUGUGAAAAGCCAACCUGUCAACUAUUCAUUUACCUGCACCUAUCAGGCGAACUAUCUGGUGAACCAUGCUGCCUUUGACCAAAGAGUAGCAACUGUUCACGUGAAGAAUGGCAGUACCGGUUCCUUUGAAAGCCAGUUAUCUCUCAACUUCUAUUCUAAUGCCAAGUUUUCAAGCAAGAAGGAAGCCCCUUUCAUUGUUGAUACAUCAGAAAUUGGCUCUGAUAUAUUUGCUGGAAUAGAAGCCAAAGGCUUAAGUCAUAGAUUUAAAGUAGUGUUGAGCAAUUGCUGGGCAACCCCUUCCUCAGAAUAUUUCUACCAAAUCCAGUGGCCUCUGAUAACUAAGGGGUGUGCAACAGAUGACUCCAUUUUAGUACAUGAAAAUGGCAAAAAUAAUCGAGCCACCUUCCAAUUUAAUGCAUUUCGGUUCCAGAAUAUUCCCAAACUUUCCAAAGUGUGGCUGCAUUGUGAAACAUAUGUGUGUGAUAGUGAAAAGUUCUUUUGCCCUGUGGCAUGUGCAAAACGGAGAGAACAUAUGGAGCAAACAGGUGGUGUUUUAAUUGCAGAAUUCAUUGUGAAUAGUAAAGGGUUAUCCAGGAGUUACACAUUUUCAGGUAGAAUUUAG